AUGGUCCAGAAGACCAGCAUGUCCCGGGGCCCUUACCCAUCCUCCCAGGAGAUCCCCAUGGAGGUCUUCGACCCCAGCCCACAGGGCAAAUACAGCAAGAGGAAAGGGCGGUUCAAAAGGUCGGAUGGGAGCACAUCCUCGGAUACAACAUCCAACAGCUUUGUCCGCCAGGGAUCAGCAGAGUCCUAUACCAGCCGUCCGUCAGACUCCGAUGUGUCUCUGGAGGAGGACCGAGAAGCCUUAAGGAAGGAGGCAGAGCGCCAGGCAUUAGCCCAGCUCGAAAAAGCCAAGACCAAACCAGUGGCAUUUGCUGUGCGGACAAAUGUCGGCUACAACCCAUCUCUAGGGGAUGAGGUGCCUGUUCAGGGAGUGGCCAUCACCUUCGAGCCCAAGGACUUCCUGCACAUCAAAGAGAAAUACAACAAUGACUGGUGGAUUGGGCGACUGGUGAAGGAGGGCUGUGAGGUUGGCUUCAUCCCCAGCCCUGUCAAACUGGACAGCCUGCGCCUGCUGCAGGAACAGAAGCUGCGCCAGAACCGCCUCAGCUCCAGCAAAUCAGGUGACAACUCCAGCUCCAGUCUGGGAGACGUGGUGACUGGCACCCGCCGCCCCACGCCCCCUGCCAGUGGUAAUGAAAUGACUAACUUAGCCUUUGAACUAGACCCCCUGGAGUUAGAGGAUGAGGAGGCAGAGCUCGGUGAGCAUAGUGGCUCUGCCAAGACUAGCGUUAGCAGUGUCACCACCCCGCCACCCCACGGCAAGCGCAUCCCCUUCUUCAAGAAGACAGAGCAUGUGCCCCCCUAUGACGUGGUACCUUCCAUGAGGCCCAUCAUCCUGGUGGGACCGUCGCUCAAGGGCUAUGAGGUUACAGACAUGAUGCAGAAAGCUUUAUUUGACUUCUUGAAGCAUCGGUUUGAUGGCAGGAUCUCCAUCACUCGUGUGACAGCGGACAUUUCCCUGGCUAAGCGCUCAGUCCUCAACAACCCCAGCAAACACAUCAUCAUUGAGCGUUCAAACACACGCUCCAGCCUGGCUGAGGUUCAGAGCGAGAUCGAGCGAAUCUUCGAGCUAGCCCGGACCCUUCAGUUGGUUGCUCUGGAUGCCGACACCAUCAACCACCCAGCCCAGCUCUCCAAGACCUCACUGGCCCCCAUCAUUGUUUACAUCAAGAUCACCUCUCCCAAGGUUCUUCAGAGGCUCAUCAAGUCUCGAGGGAAGUCUCAGUCCAAACACCUCAAUGUGCAGAUAGCAGCCUCGGAGAAGCUCGCGCAGUGUCCCCCCGAGAUGUUUGACAUCAUCCUGGAUGAGAAUCAACUGGAGGAUGCCUGCGAGCACUUGGCCGAGUACUUGGAAGCCUAUUGGAAGGCCACACACCCGCCCAGCAGCACUCCGCCCAAUCCGCUNCUGAACCGCACCAUGGCUACCGCAGCCCUCGCUGCCAGCCCUGCCCCUGUCUCCAACCUCCAGGUACAGGUGCUCACCUCACUCCGGAGAAAUCUCAGCUUCUGGGGAGGGCUGGAGGCCUCUCAGAGGGCCAGGGCGGUGCCCCAGCAGCAGGAGCACACCGUGUAGGGACCAUACCUUGCUUCCGGGGACCAGUCGCUGGAACGGGCCACCGGGGAGCACGCCAGCGUGCACGAGUACCCGGGAGAGCUGGGCCAGCCCCCAGGCCUUUACCCCAGCAGCCAGCCGCCAGGCCGGGCGGGCACCCUGCGGGCACUGUCCCACCAAGACACGUUUGAUGCCGACGCCCCUGGCAACCGAAACUCUGCCUACAUGGAGCUGGGAGACUCGUGUGUGGACAUGGAGACUGACCCCUCCGAGGGGCCAGGGCUUGGAGACCCUGCCCCAGGGGGCAGCACCCCACCAGCCCGACAGGGAUCCUGGGAGGAUGAGGAAGACUAUGAAGAGGAGCUGACCAACAACCGGAACCGCGGCCUGAAUAAGGCACGCUAUUACGCAGAGGGCGGGGGUCCAGUCCUGGGACGCAACAAGAAUGAGCUGCAGGGUUGGGGGCGGGGCGUCUACAUCCGCUGA